AUUACAUCAUCCAAAUAUUGUGGAUUACAAACAUGCUUGGUUAGAGCAUCAUCAGUUGAAAAACUUUUGGUAAAUCCCCAUUGCAUUAAUGAUAUAAAUUAUGUUUUAAUGGAACGUGGCAAUAGUGGUAAUUUGGAAGAAUUCAUUGAUAUUCAACCAUCCACUUUGUCCAUGCAAAAAGAUUCUAAUUAUCAUCAUCUUACACCAAAAGAACGUUUACUUCGUAUUAUCCAUCGAGAUUUAAAACCUUCUAAUUUACUAUUACAAUAUGAUAACUCAGAAGAUUUGACUGGAAUAGUAUUGAUAUCGGAUUUUGGUGAAUGUGAUAGACCUGGUGCUACUGGAACACUAGAAAUUAUGGCACCAGAACUAUUAACCGGUAAUUACAACGUAAAACAAAAUACUCUCAAAAAUCAGAUAUGUGGUCACUUGGAAUGGUACUUUAUUAGUUAUGUUACUCAAAUUGAAGAUGUUGAUAUUUUGAAACAAAGAAAUUAUGCAUUUUAA